AUGGAUAUGAACGGAAGAAAUUCUUUAAACAAUGGUAAUAUUAUCAACAACGAUUCCAGGCCCAUCGAGAGUAGUGCUCCUGCUGCUGCUACUAGACCGUCGUCAUCCAGGCAUAACAGCCGAAAUAAUAAUAAUAAUGCUUCAUAUCUUCCUGCCAUUUAUCAACGUAGUAGAACAAUCACAACUGGAAGAAGGAGAAGGAACCUGCUUGUUAACUCCAUGAUUGAAUCAAAUGCCCCAGCUGCAACUGCUACUACAGAUAUUGUCUUAGGGGAGAAUUUCAUAACUCCUAAUAAUUUUUUUAAUAUGAUGACUCAUGAGGAAAUAUUGAUAAGUCCAAUCGAAGAAGAAGUUGACUAUGAAGCUGGAUUAAACGAAGGAGAGAUUAUGAUGAGCGUUCAUAAACUGAGGCAUUGUCAUUCUUUUUUAAGUGAACAUGAAGGAGAAGUCUGCUCCAUUUGUCAGGAAGAGUUUAACCAAGAAGAGGAUGAUAUAUACAAAUUGAGUUGCAGUCAUAUUUACCAUUUUGAGUGCAUUAAGACAUGGCUCAUGCAAAAGAAUUUUUGCCCAAUUUGUAGAGCACCUGCUAUGUAUUUUUAA